AUGAGUACGGAGAACUACCUGCCAGGUGUGAUGAAGAGUGGGAAAGGGGAAAGGGCUGUUGCCAUGGUGCUGAAGGAGCUUCCGGGUAAAAAGGCAUCCUCAGAAGGAAACCCCCUCCUCAGCGUGACAACCAAGCUGGUCGGUGAGCAGCAAGAGAGCCGCCCACUGCUGAGUCCCUCCAUCGAUGAUUUCCUGUCAGAAAGCCGCAUCGACGGCCCUGUGGCCCGGCUGGUCACCUCCAACACAGCAGUUCUGUCCACAGCCUUGGACCUGGUGGACCUGAGUGAGCCUGGGGAGAGUUCCAGUGGCUUCAACAGCAGGAAGGGCAGCAGCCGGGCCCGUCGGAGCCCCACGGUCCCCAAGAGGGGCAGCGCCAAGAGCAGCCCCCGCAGGAGGAGACCCGAGGACACGGAGCUCAUCCAGGUGGAGGUGGACCGCUCGUCCCCAAGCCCUCGCACCCCAGAGAGAGUGUCACUCGAUUCAGUCAGUCUCUCCAGUUCCCCAUUGGACAAAUGGGAGGAAGUAAACCUCCAACCGGAAGGCUCCCUGAACAAUGGCAGGAAGAGAAGAUUCGAGAAGAGGUGCACAUCACAACACUCCUCCAGCGAACUAUUGUGGUCUGCAGAUUUCAAAACAGAUCCAUCCACCAAGAACUCGUUCGAGGUCAACAGCAUAGAUGAUAUUGAUUUUGUAUCAGCAGCACAGGACUGCUGCGUGGGCAGAGAGAGGCGUCUAGGCCGUGCCCUCCUGGCCAGAAAUCAGUCUAUGGAGGAUGAGUUUGUGAAGGCAAAGGCUGCCGUAGAGUCUGACACAGAAUUUUGGGACAAGAUGCAGGCAGAGUGGGAGGAGUUAGCUCGGAGGAACUGGCUGGAGGAGAUGGACCCUGAAGGCCAAACACCCCCCACAGUCUCUCCAGUAGAGAAGGGUUACUUCUUUCACACCAAUAACCCAUAUCGAGAGUGGCCCAAUGCUUUUGAAGAGGGCCAGCAGAAGGCCAGAGAGGGUGACCUGAACAAUGCUGUCCUUCUGCUUGAGGCGGCCAUCUUACAAGAUUCUCAGGAUUCAGUGUCCUGGCAGGUUCUUGGCACUACACAGGCUGAGAAUGAAAAUGAACAAGCAGCUAUUGUGUCACUUCAGAGGUGUCUGGAGCUCAACCCCAACAACCUGCCAGCGCUCAUGGCCCUGGCUGUGAGUCUAACCAACACAGGCCAGCAGAAGGAGGCUGGUGAGGCUCUGCACCGCUGGAUCUGCCACAACCCCCGCUACAAGCACCUUCUCCUGGGGAGCAGGAGCCCACUGCAGGGGUCUCCAGCCACACCGCGCAGGGGUCCCCACAACCCCACUCUGGGCAGCUGCCAGCUGGCAGAGGUGAAAGGAUUGUUCCAGGACGCGGCUCUGCUGAACACAGAUGGAGUGGACCCGGACCUCCAGACAGGCCUUGGGGUCCUUUUUAACCUCAGCUCAGAGUUUGACAAGGCUGUGGAGGCAUUUAACGCUGCACUAUCUGUCAGACCAGAGGACUACUUGCUGUGGAACCGUCUGGGGGCCACACUGGCCAAUGGGGACCGAAGUGAGGAGGCAGUGGAGGCCUACACCCGGGCGCUGGAGCUCCAGCCAGGGUUCAUCAGGUCCCGCUACAACCUGGGGAUCAGCUGUAUCAACCUUGGGGCCCACAGAGAAGCAGCCAGUAACUUCCUGACGGCACUGAACCAGCAGAGACAAAGUCACCGCCAGACUCACCAGGUUAUGUCAGCCAACAUCUGGGCCGCCCUGAGAAUCGCCAUCUCCAUGAUGGACCGGCCAGAGCUCUACCAGGCUGCCAACAUCGGAGACCUGGACCUUUUAAUGAGGGCAUUCGACAUGGGGGAUAUGUGACAAGGUAUUCUGGAGCCCAUAGGGAAACAAUGUGCCAGUAGUUAAGGGGUUGCCAGUUUGGCCAGUGGUCGGGUUGCCAAACAUGGCUCCAAAUAUGAUGUCCUUUAAUAUGAUGUCAAGAGAGUGUAUUUUAGGAAGUGGAUGGUGAAUGGUUUGUUAUAGAAAGUAAUAAAACAGAUGGGCUGAAUACUGGAGGUGAAUGACACCCAAGCUUUGGAUGAUAUCAUGGUGGAAAAUGAAAUUACUGCAACAAUAUUUAGGAAAUAUAAACAACUUUACUAAAUCUUUACAGUGACUGCAACCAACUCGCCAUAUAAUACCAAACAGCCAUAGACUAAAAGCCAACUACAUAAUCCACAAAUCUCUUUUUCUUGCACUCUAUGGGACUUCCUGUGUAAGGAAACACCAUUUCAGUGGAGUGGAGUUUAUUGUUUGGUCCUUUUGAAAUGGGUUUGCACAACAGCAAUGGGGAAUUCCCGAAGAAGAAUAUAACAUUGACAAAAAAAAGAUGUUUCACAAUAGAGGAAUUAAAAGCCAUGCAUGCCUGGCAAUCACACUUUGUAAUAAAGCCUUAUAGUAAAUGAAAUUGCAUCAACUGCACAAGUCAUAAUCACUUACAGAAAACAAGAUAUUUUAUGUUAGAGGCUACUGUGAUUGUCACUAUUCUGUUGCCUCUGUACUUGCUAUGCUAUAUGUUGUGUCCCUCUUCCCCUGAAUAUUCCUACAGUAUGAAGCUACUUCCUUGCCUGAGGUAGGCCUAAAUAGGAGUCUGGAUCAGGGAAAGAGGAAUGCACAGUCACAUCUGCCUCUGCAUACACCACACACACAAACCCACACACACCAUUCUUUCUUCCGGGCAGGAAUCAGUCACUGUGAUUGCCUAGUGUCUCUGUGUUCUGUAAUCUCCUAGGAGAUCAAUCUCCCCUCUCUGUCCAGGUGGGUGCUGAGAGUCUCUCCCCCAGUCACAGAUGAUUUAUCUCCCAUGUCUGCAGGUGCACAGCCUGCCACUCGUACAACACUACU